GUUCACCAGCCUCCUUAUUUUUUGUCUUGCGACGGUGCAAUGGCAUGCGCUUCAUCGGCAAGCGUCGGAGGUGAAAAAAAAAGGCAAGUGGAACCGGCGAUACUGCUGCGUAAAGGACUGUCACAACCACGAAGGCCAGCCCGGGAUAAAGUUGUACAGGUUUCCUGGCAAGUCUUAUGAAAUCGAACGGCGAAAGAAAUGGAUCGCAGCUGUGAGGAGAGUAAACGCAGCAGAUGGCUCUGACUGGGUCCCAAACGGAGUCAACGAGGAUAUGCUCCAAGCAUUUCGUCAAUGGAGAAAAAAGCACCAUUGAAAGUCAUCCUGGCUACAACCCGACGCUUUUUCCGGACGUUUACAAGGUGCGGCACGUUGACGGAACGAAACUGCUAUCAAGAUACGAACGGUGGAGAGAAAGGAGAACCAAAGUAUCACUGGCACCAAGCUCAUGCUCUGAAACUGCUGACAGUGCUGAAGAAGGGGCACAAAGCACACUGCUCAACGAAGACCCAAUUUCUCAGGAGGGCGAGCUCGUCGAGCCACUGCCAUCGAACCUGGAUAUCCUCUGCAUGGCGAUUGAUGCAGUGAAAGAGACAAAAGAGGACAAGGAUUGCCAAACUGAUGGUGUGGACGCAACUGGCACUGGCGCAUUUUCUGUGUUCUUAUGUUGUGUACAGGGGAACGAGGCUUGUAGUCAAAUCAAUCAUAAGUGUUCCAGAGAUGAUGAAACGCAGUGCAGACUCUCCACUGUUUCCCGCCACUGCGGCACAGACUACAGAAUGGGGUGCUUUAACGGCUAUGACACCGUUAAAGACAAUGGAACCGCCCUCAAAGAUCUAUGUGGCGUUUCAGAUGUAGUGUUCUCUCUUUUUCUCAGCAUAUUACCACAGUGUGCAGAGCGCAGAUGUGACAUCUCAAUGAGAGACAGGCUUCUGAUCUUCUUCAUGAAAUUGAAGUUAGGCAUAAGCUAUUCAGCCCUUGCUGUGCUGUUCUCGACAUCUAGAAACACGGUGUCGCGACACUUCAACAGUGUGCUUCGAACAGUUGCUGCUGCAACUCAUAAGUGGGUUUACUUGCCACCUAGGCAGGUCAUCAAGCGCACAAUGCCAGGUUGCUUCAAAGUGCACUAUCCAGACUGUACAAUGAUAAUUGAUUGCACUGAAGUACGGACAGAGCAGCCCUGCACAAUAAUACAGCAACAGCGCCUGUUGUAUUCACAUUACAAGGGUGGGUACACUCUCAAGUUUCUUGUAGCUAUUACACCAUGUGGAGCAGUGUGCUUCCGCUCGAAGUCCUAUGGAGGGAGGUUCUCAGACGCAUUCAUUACUGUUGACUCUGGCUUUCUAAACCUAGUGCAACCAGGCGACGUUGUAAUGGCUGACAAAGGGUUUCCUGGAAUUAGGGCAGGCCUUGAAGGGACACAAGCAGUGUUAGUGAUGCCCCCUUUCCUUCAAGGUGGUGGACAGUUUUCAGAAAGUGAUGUGCACGAGACGUACAAAAUUGCACAAGUGCGUAUUCAUGUUGAGAGGGCUAUUCAACGCAUUAAAAUGUUCAACAUUUUGAAUGUGCGUGUACCUACAGAGCUGAUCCCAGCAAUGAGCGAUGUAUUUCAUGUCUGCUGUAUUCUGGCAAACCUACAGCCCCCUAUCAUUCAGGAGCAACUAGGCAGUGCUCAUCUCGAACAACAUUAGAAGAUUGAUAUGCAGCGCGAAGCGUUUCAGCCACAAUGUUUUGCUAAAAGGAAAGUAUGAGAGUAGACGCUUUUGCUUACUCAUGCCUACGAAGUGCUGACGCUAUAUUCAUGCAAAACAACCUCUGCUGGCUAAAUUCCAAGCGCAUUUUGUUGGGCAAUAACACAUGCGAAUUGGCUUCAUUGUGAAAAAUCCAGGCACUUACAUGAAAACAUGUCACUUGGGCAAAAAAUAACAAAAUGUAAGCAAUAAGAAGGCACAUGCCAGCACUGCAUGGUGAUUAGGGAAACUGGCUGUCAAACUGAAACACAAUGCCAGUACAUUGAUGAAAAGCUUCUCUUGUUGACAUCCGUGUUAGCUGUUUGCUUUUCAAAGGCUUGCAGUCCCAUUUUGUGCUGUGUUGCGUUAGACCUACAUAGCCUCUAGUAUGGCGAUUGCCUAUGCUUUUUGAAGUCGCAUUUAGGCAGUGCCCCAUUUGGUCUAUGCAAAAUCACACUUCUGUGAUCUGUAUUCAAUUUACACCUUCCUUGUGCAGGGUGAUGUGCAAGUACAUGCACUAAUAAUCAGUAUUUCAAUAUUUCUUUGCUUAAAGUGAUCUGGUCCGUCAGAGCCUAAGUGUACUUGUUUGCAAUUACAUCCCUGCCUGCUCCUUUCUAUGAUCUGUAACAAGAAUACAUCCUUUUUUCUGCACAGGAAAGAAGUGCACGUUUUUCAGCUGGCACUAUAUGGUUGUACUCAUUCAGAGGGACUUAUAUGUAGUUUCCUGCUCUUUGGCACUUUGUUGUGUUACUGAUCAAUGUGCAUUUAAACCUAAUUGCCCAUGUCACCACCUUAGCAUCACAAAAUUAAUCGAGCGCUCUAGUUAUUUGCACGCUUUUGCUUUAUGAGGCUAUUGUCCGUCAUGCCUUGUGCAACUUGUAUCCAAGUGAUUGUUGUGUUCAAAUGCAUUUCAUGGAGAUGAUAGGUGUGCAUAGACGGAAAACACUUUUUGUGGUAGUUAGUGCUUUCAGCCGAUUGUGUAACAUUCGUCCACUUAGGUGACCACAUAGGUGCUCAUUCAAGCCCACAUCACAGUUCAAGUUCAGAAAACUGAACUCAUCCUCACAGGUCUACCAGAGGCACCACAUGGUGUGAAAAACGUGCAAGUUAUACUUGCUUGAAUACUAACUGGGUGUUCAUUGUAACAGUGGACGACUGUGUACAAUGUACAACUACCAAGUUGUGUUCUCUGCCAAGUAAAACAGUCCCAGAGAGUAGGUUUUCUUGGUUGUCUUUUUUAUUGAAGUAGUGAAAAAUACUCUGAUGUGAAUGCAAAAAUGACUAGGUAAGCAAUCAAAAAGAUUCUGAUCUCAACGAAAAAAAUGACUGUAAAAUAUUUAUAUACCGAAAUAAAUAAUU